AUGCCAGUACCCGCUGUGCUACGGCACCGCGGUGAUGAGCAGAGUCCACAACACCAGGUGGAGUGUGCAGUGCUGGCCGUCGGCGGGGUGCGCGCCCGACCGGAGGUCGAGGACUGGAGUCGGCCGGCCGCUUACCUCGAGGCCAUCACCACAGUGCGGCUGCUGAAGCUGCAGGAGACGCAGCCGAUGCUGUGGGAGCGAGUAAUGCAGAUGGACGCCAGCCCAGACCACUGGCCCUCGUCCGAGGUCGCCGCCGUGUUCCAGCACAACGUGAUCAACUUCCUCAGGAGUGUCUGCAAGGUGGAGGCCGACGAGAAGCUGCUGCACAAGCUGGGCGGCAUUCUGGUGACGAACGCCUUCGAAGCGCGCGGCCGCGGUCCCGGCUCGCACGUGCGCUGUCUGUUCCCCGACGCCGGCCUUCUACCGCACAGCUGUCGCCCCAACGUGCACCACACGGUCGACCGGGAGUACGUCAUUUAUCUGCGGGCCGCACAGCCCAUCAAAAAGGGUGACACCAUCUUCACCUCCUACACCCACUGUCUGGCCGGCACUCUCACCCGGCGGGAGCACAUCAAGUACAGCAAGUUCUUCGACUGCACUUGCGAGCGUUGCGCCGAUCCCACAGAGUUCGGCACCUUCUUCUCCGCCCUCAAGUGCUGCAGCUGCGGCAAAGGCACCAUUCUACCCAAGGACAGUCUGGACGCCAAGUCUGAGUGGAGUUGCGGCGAGUGUUCAUACGAAGUUCACCCGGACAACGUCAGGAAGCUGAACAUGAUGCUGCUGAGAGAAUUGGACAGUCUUGACGGCCACGACUUCAUCGACCACGAGAUGUUCAUCAGGAAAUACUCCAACCUGUUGCACCCCAACCACUUCCUCAUCUUUGACACCAAACACAGGCUGUCGCAGAUGUACGGCAGGACACCGGACUACUACCUCCAGGACCUGACCGAGGUGCACCUGAAGCGGAAGGUCGAGCUUUGUCGAGACGUGCUGGCUCUUGCUGUCAAGAACGCACCAGGCAUUGCUCGACUGACAGGUCUGACGUAUUACGAGCUGCACGCCCCUCUCAUGGUGCUCGCCCAACGCCAGUACGGCAAGGGUGCCAUCUCGCGGACAGAAAUGAAAGGACUACUUGAUGAGGCAUCCGAAAGUCUGCAGAAGGCGAUCGGCAUGCUGAAAUAUGAGCCGACCGAUUCGCUCGAGGGGAAGAUUCACGCGGCAGCGCUGCAGAAUGUGACGGAACUGGAGGAUCUGCAGCGGACAGUAGAGCACCUACCCGAGACUGGCCGAGGACACAUGACACCAGAGCACAUCGAGCAGCUGGUGGGCUCGUUCAACGCCAUCCUGGAGCUCAUGGAUGACUACCAGUGGCGCGUCUAGAGCUGUUGUCGGCGAUCAGAGGCAUGCUUGUUGCCUGAGGCUGAGUAGGACCGCAAAUAUGGAAUUGUCUAGCUGACGUCCUCUGUCUGCGUGUGUAGGACUCACAAAUGGCAUCGGAAGUGUCUCUAGUGCUGAAGGAGUCUAACAUUGCGCGCCUAGAGCUGGUUUUGCCAACCUCGUGCUGCUGGUGCUGUCAGAACAAUAAGUGCUGGUGCUGCCGGAGCGAUGCGUGAAGGCAUUUGGCAGCAUGUGAGAACGGAAACGACCCUCGCCUUUUGUACCCUGCCGUUUUGACCAUACGUGCUGCUGAUCCCUCAAGGUGUCGGCCUCUGGCGGCGUUGCGUUGUAGUGCCUUUGUAGUGCCGACGUGGUAUCGGUGCACGCUGGCCAGAUGUGAACGCUCUCAGUCAGCCCCCGGGUGGCGAUGUUGGCGACAUUGCUCUGCUGUAUAGAGGCGUGCUUAACUUGAAGACAACGCUUUGGCGUGCCAUUCAGAUGACUAGCCUAGCUUCAGGUAAACUUUACCCAAAUGUUUCCGCAGUCCCGCAGGAUCUGCCAUUUUUGACAAUAUUAAGUGAUGCCGGUCAAAACGAGGCACAUGUGUUGCGUAAAGACCUGCAGUGCAAUUGUUGGCAGUGGUGCGCGAUCUCCGACCGAUUAGAGCCUCACCUAUAGCUCUGAUCUCAGAGUAUCAGAGUCGCGCCCUCUACCAGCGGGAGCCGAGGGGCUCGUGGCCACUAGUCUGCGUCUCCCCUGGCGCCUCCCCUCCUGUCCGGUGUGCUGAGGCCGCCGAAAAACUUGUCCGCUUUUCCCCACAUGGAUUCGAGUAGACCUGUGCGCUGCUGUGGUCUACAGAGAAAUGGGGCACGUGCUGAGCUUCUGGCCUUCAGAAGAAGAAAAUCACGCUGCCAAGUAUCCUGUUUGAAACCGGUUAUUGUCAGCGGUGCGAUCCUUAGAUCGUCUCUCCUGCAUCGACAAGCCUGCCUGUCCAGUCGGGGCUCCCUUGUGACGGGUGUCCAUAUCUGGUGGCGCCCAGCGGCCACUGCCUGCUGACGAGACAAGCCAGCUACCAACCGGCUUCUGUUUGCCGUCCCGAGGGGUAUUAGGACGCGCUUGUCGUUUGAUCGGAGCAGUGAAGUGCCGUUUGUGACCCAGACCUGCGUGCAGACUGUCGUCAACAUGCGGUCUUUGGACUGAGCAAGCCAACUCGAAUGAUCCAGGGUGAUAUACUUCAUGUUUUCAAAAGCCGCGAGUUAUUUUCAAAAUGAUAAAUACAUUUACGAAG